UCCUUGUAGUUGUAGACGGGCGGGGAAAGAAAGUAUCAAAGAACUAUUGAUUCUGUCUUCUGCAGCGCGUUGAGUUUCUCUUGCAAACUAGAGCGGUACGAGGAAAACUCUUGCGGCAUAAACUUUAUCCGAGAAUUUGGACAAUCAAACAGGGCAGCUGCAAUGUGGAUCCAAGUACGGACGAUGGACGGGAGCCAGACCCACCGGGUGGACAACCUGUCCAAGCUCACCAAGGUGGACGAGCUGCGCCUCAAGAUCCAGGAGCUCUUCAAGGUGGAGCCCGAACGACAGAGGCUCUUCUACCGCGGCAAACAGAUGGAAGACGGCCACACCAUGUUCGACUACAGCGUGGGUCUCAACGACAUCGUGCAGCUCCUGCUGAGGACGGCCGCUCCGGCCGUGGAGACGGCGAAGACCAAAGACGCCAAGGAGCCCAAGGACGCCGAGCUCUCCGACUCGGACUCCGGCUGUGGCUCGGCCCAGAGCGAGUCCGACAAAAGCUCCACCCACGGGGAGCCCGAGGCCCCACAGGCCGCCGGGACCUCCGCGAGCGCCGACACGCAAGAACUCAUCGACCCUGGGUUCGGCUUGUACAAGAUCAAUGAGUUUGUGGACGCCAGGGACCUGAACAUGGGGGCGUGGUUCGAGGCCCAGAUACUGAAGGUCACCAAGGGGCCGGAGCCGAGCCCAGAGAAGGAGGAGCCGGGCACACCCACGGAUGAGGACAUUCGCUACCACGUCAAAUACGAAGACUAUCCAGAGAACGGCGUGGUCCAGCUGCUGGCCAAGGACAUCCGGCCGCGCGCCCGCACAGUCUACCAGUGGCACCAGCUGGAGCCCGGCAUGGUCGUCAUGGUGAACUUCAACCCAGACGACCCCAAGGAGCGGGGGUACUGGUACGACGCCGAGAUCAACAAGAAGAAGGAGACCCGGACGGCGCAUGAGAUCCACGCCAAGAUCCUGCUCGGUGAGGCUGGCGACUCCCUUAACGACUGUCGGAUCAUGUUCCUGACGGAGAUCUACAAAAUCGAAGAGGCCGGGGGUCCAGACAACUCGGCCCCGGGAUCGGAAAGCCCGCUGAAAAGGUCCAACGGGCCCGAGUGCAAGCACUGCAAGGACAACCCCAAGAAGAACUGCCGCUGGUGCAACUGUCACGCGUGUGGCAUUAAGCAGGACCCCGACAAGCAGCUGCUGUGCGACGAGUGUGACAUGGCCUUCCACAUGUACUGCUUGGACCCCCCGCUCACGUCCAUCCCCGACGACGAGGACUGGUAUUGUCCCAGUUGCCGUAACGAUGUAAGCGAGGUGGUGAGGGCUGGUGAGAAGCUGAAGGACAGCAAAAAGAAGUCCAAAAUGGCCUCGGCCAGCUCCUCCAGCCAAAGAGACUGGGGCAAAGGCAUGGCCUGUGCAGGUCGCACUAAACAGUGCACCAUCGUGCCGUCCAACCACUAUGGCCCAGUGCCUUGUGUCCCAGUUGGGUCCCAGUGGAAGUUCAGGGUGCAGGUGAGCGAGUCUGGUGUCCACCGGCCCCAUGUCGCCGGUAUCCAUGGAAGGAGCAACGAUGGAGCCUACUCCCUGGUGCUAGCCGGAGGCUACGAGGAUGACGUGGAUGACGGUAAUGAGUUCACUUACACUGGAUCCGGAGGACGGGAUCUGUCCGGCAACAAGAGGACCGCCGAACAGUCAUGUGACCAAAAACUGACCAACAUGAACAGGGCACUGGCUCUGAACUGCAACACGCCUGUGAACGAUAAGGACGGGGCGGAGGCCAAGAACUGGAAGGCUGGCAGGUCUGUCCGGGUGAUCCGCAGCUCCAAGGGUCGCAAACACAGCAAAUACAGCCCAGAGGACGGCAACCGCUACGACGGCAUCUACAAGGUGGUGAAAUACUGGCCGGAGAAGGGGAAGUCUGGUUUCCUGGUGUGGCGGUACCUGCUGAAGAGGGACGACGACGAGCCAGCACCCUGGACCAGAGACGGCAAGGAGCGCAUCAAGAAGCUGGGGCUCACCAUGAAUUAUCCAGAAGGCUAUCUUGAGACCCAGGCAGCGAAGGAGAAGGAGAAGGAAAACAAGAGUGAGCCAGAGGAGGAGACCCCAACCAAGGGCAAGAGGAAGAGGAAAUCUCAGGGUACAGACUCGGCCAAGUCCUCCCCGGCCAAAGGAACGCCUAAGAAGAUGAAGGUGGAGGUUUACAAGCUCACCGGGGAGCAGAAGUCCCUGAUUAAGGAGGACGAGGCCAAUAAGAAGAUCUGGGUCGAGGCCAAGCAGUCGCUGGCGCUGGGACCGAAGUUCCUGAACAAGGUGGAAGAAAUGUUCUUGUGCAUCUGCUGUCAGGAGGUGGUCUACCAGCCUGUCACCACAGACUGCCAACACAACGUCUGCAAGGAAUGUCUGCAGAGGUCUUUCAGGGCAGACGUGUACACCUGCCCCGCCUGCCGACACGACCUGGGCAAGAACUACGCCAUGAACGUCAACAAUCCACUGCAGGUCAUUUUGAAUCAGUUCUUCCCCGGAUACAGCAGUGGACGAUGAUCACACCUUCCUUCUGCUCCGGAAGGACGCGCAAUGAACUGAAACAAGGGGAGACGUUCAGUAGAGGCAACAAAGAAUCAUUUUUUUUCUCUUAAUAUAUAUUUUUUACAUUGAAAUUAAGUAAUUUUGGUGGAUUUUUAUCACCAUCUCCGGUUAAUUCCUUCUACUUCCCAGGUUGUUCGGCUGUUUUGUUUUCAAGUGUGGUUAACUGUUCAUUGAAACUGCAUUUGAAGCUUUUGUACAUGUAAUCCUAGUCCGUUACAGAUGCCUCUUUUUUUUAUUUUUUUUUAACCUCACAUUGCUUGGCAUUAUUUGUCAUUUAACAAUAACAAACACACCUCUCCACGUUUGCCAUAACGGAACUCAUGGUUGCAGUACAACAAAGUUCCUCUACGUGUAAACCACACUCCCUCAGAACGCCUCUCUAGCAAGUCCAGGUGGUGGCCAAGCUUGCAAUUUUUGUACAGUUUUUGUUUUUUUGUAUAUGGAGCUAUCUAAACGUUAACCCUGCCUGCCGUUCUGUUUUUGGAUGCAAAUUGAGACCAGAUUUUUGCAAUCAAGUUUUUGUUCUUACUUGUACAUGUUCAAAUUAAAGGAUCACAUGGUUGUUCGUCUGCGCAUUAGGCCAGGUGCAGGGGAUUUUUCCCCUUGCCUGUAUUUAUUCUGCAAUGCCUUGUCAUUUUUUCCUUUUAAUAAAUAAACUCAAAGUGGUCUGACUUAUAUUGCCAGCUUCCAGAACUGGUUUAAUGUAAGCAGAUAUUCAAACUUUCUAAAUGUUCCAAUUGUCCCUGACCAUAGAUUUGAAGCAUAUCAUAGUUUCAACAUCAUUUCAGCAUACCUUUUUUAUUUUUUUCUUGUGCACAAAUUUGUUUGCGAUUAACCCAAAUGUAUCUGAAAGCACUGUCCAAAUGCCAUUUACACAAUUGUCCUAAAUUUCCAUCAAACAUAAUCAGAAUUAUUAUAUUCCUAUAAUCAAUUUGUUGGUGCUUCACAAUGUUUAUAACUUUUUUUUUCUUUUAGAAUUUUAUAGCAUUUGAAGAUUUGUUAAAAGUUGCAUGCAUUUGACUUAGGAUGAAAAAGAAAAGUUGUCUACCACUCGAGUAAUGUUAUCCCACUGUGUCACCGUCUCCUCAUGCAUUUGCCUUAACUGACUGCUGUUAAACCAAGGGCUAGAGUCUGACCAAGGUCUACACGCAAAAGGCUUCAAGAGGGAAAUGUGAUGCUGUAGAAUGUGACCCUGGAAGAGUCAAAUGUAUUUGAAUAUGGGAGCUGAAUAUAAAUCUAUGAUAGUGAAUCCAUAUGGUCCGUUGCAGAGGGAAUUUGUUCUAGUUCUUGGGUCCCUGGAGAAUGUUUUAUUCUUAACCUAGUUGGGGGAACCAGAGUUAAUGGAAAACCUUAUUCAACGGCGUAUGCAAUAGUUUAAUAAAACGGGAAUGUUUAAGUUUAACCUCACUUUUUGUAUUUGGAACAGUCCUCAUUCCGUUUAGUGUAGGUUUAAAGCCGUUUUUUGUAACUUGCAUUUCAAAAUGUAUGGUUAACUAAGCAACAGGAAAGCAGCUGUCAGGUUCUCGUUACUGCUCACCAGCCAAGCUCAUUGUACCAAUCGGGAACACAUGUAUUUUGCUUGCAAUAUAUUGCUUUAACCAGCAGUCUGUCAGCCUUUCAAUGUUGGUUCUAACUGCUUUUGAUGUUGGAGUUUGUCGGGUUAAGUAUAGUGCACUUUGGGGACCCAUGAGCUGAGCUUUGAGGCUAGUGGUUGCAGAUAUUGGUAAUACCUCAAAUAUUUACAAAUAUUUGCAUUGACUGGAAACUGUAUAUUUUCUUAAAUUGUAUAUUUUUAGUCCCACUUAGUUUUGAUAUGUAGGUUUAGGAUGCUUUCUACUUGCACUUGUUUGGUGCAAAAU